AUGCAUCACCUCUCCACUUUCUUGUCAAUCAGUUUACUGUUCUUCGCCCAGCUCCCAAUAUCAUACGCCCAAAAUGCAACAGGUAUGCAGUGUUAUGAAAGUUUCCGUUGUGGAAACAUGUCGCGCUUCGUCUUCCCAUUUUGGAAGGAGGGUAGCCCCGGAAUCUGUCACAACGAAGGCUUUGAGUUGACCAAAUGCGAUGAGGAAGACGACGAGCCCGUCAUAAGAAUCGGUGCCGAUGAAUUCCGAUUGAUUUCCGUCGAUCAACCCGGUUAUAGAAUGACAAUCGCUAGAGACGAUCUGUGGGAAGGAAUUUGUCCUUCGCCUCGCAUCCAUAACAUAACUCUGGGAUACCCCUUUUCAUUCCCUCCAACAAACCGAAACCUUACUUUCUUUUACGAUUGCGACGAAUCGGUAGUACCAAGCGAUGGGGUUCGAUUCCCGUGCACCCAAGGGUCAAAUUCUUUCUAUGCGGAUUUAGUAGAUAGGGGUUCUUAUGAACGGUUUAGCCGCUCUUGUCACGGCGGAGUUAUCCAAGUUCAGAUUAAUCGGACAAAUUUUCAACAACUCAAUAGAGAAGGGCCGGAAAUUUUGGGAUCUGGGAGAUGGAGACUGGGAUUUGACGUGGAGUAUAAUUUUCCCGAAAUUUUCUGUGGGAAAUGCAACAGCCACAAAGGUCUGUGCGAUAACGUGAGUUCACCUCGAUACCCAGUCUGCAAAAAGCCAGGUAAGGGUUUUAGCUUGCAAACAAAGCUGCUCAUCGGUUUCGGUGCCGCUGCCGGAGGAAUACUAAUCACGUGCGUCAUCUUCUGUUUCUGGCUACGACAUCGCCGCGGUAAAGGGAUCUUCAAAUCAUAUUUCCUUACCAGCAAGAGCUCUUUGGACCACUCUUCGGUAGUCGAUUCUGAGAAGGGUGAUAGCUUUGCUUGCGUCCAUGUAUUCACUUAUAAGGAACUUGAAGAAGCUACCAACAAUUUCGAUUCCGAUAGGGAACUUGGUGAUGGAGGCUUUGGAACUGUAUAUUAUGGCAAACUUCGAGACGGUCGAGCUGUUGCUGUUAAACGAUUGUACGAAAACAACUACAAGAGAGUUGAGCAAUUCAUGAACGAAGUUGGGAUCCUAACUCGGUUGCGCCAUCAAAAUCUCGUCUCACUUUACGGAAGUACGUCGAGGCACAGUCGGGAACUCUUGCUCGUAUACGAAUAUAUACCGAAUGGCACCGUUGCAGACCAUCUUCAUGGUGACCUUGCCAAACCAGGGGCACUCUCUUGGAACAUCCGGUUGGAGAUUGCCAUAGAGACUGCAGAUGCAUUGAUGUAUCUCCAUGCUUCUGAAACCAUCCACCGUGAUGUCAAAACCAACAACAUCCUCCUCGACAAGGAUUUUCAUGUCAAGGUCGCGGAUUUCGGACUGUCCCGACUCUUUCCGUCCGAUGUCACACAUGUUUCCACCGCUCCACAAGGGACUCCCGGUUACGUCGACCCUGAAUACCACCAGUGCUACCAGCUUACUAGCAAGAGCGACGUAUUCAGCUUCGGGGUCGUACUAAUUGAGCUAAUAUCAUCGAAACCAGCGGUCGACAUCACAAGGCACCGCCACGAGAUCAACUUGUGGAACAUGGCGAUCAACAAGAUCCAAAAUGGAGCAUUGCAUGAUCUGGUGGAUCCAUCCCUCGGGUUCGAAACGAACAACAAGGUUAGGAAUGCUAUAGCCGGAGUGGCGGAGGUGGCGUUUUGGUGCCUGCAAGACGAGAAGGACAUGAGGCCGACGAUGGCACAAGUGGUUGAGGCAUUGAUGGGGAUAAAGAAUGAGGAUUACAAGAAAGGAAAAGCCGUAGAAAUGGAUAUGUUUACGGCGGAGGAGGAAGGUGGGCUGUUGAAGAGUGGACCGAUGCCUCGUUCUCCAGAUUCUGUGAUGAUAAAAUGGGUUAGCAAUGGCAGUUCUACUACAAACACAACACCAAGUUUCUAAAUUUCCAGGAUGGGAUUUGUGUAAAUAUUAUCAUAUAUCUAUAGGAUA